AUGGAUGAGAAGAAUUGCACUGUUGUGACAGAGUUCAUUCUCUUGGGGUUGUCAGAUGUGCCUGAGCUGAGACUGUUUCUCCUCCUGGUGUUCCUUCUCAUCUAUGGAGUCACGGUUCUGGCCAACCUGGGCAUGAUUGCACUGAUUCAGAUCAGCUCUCAACUUCACACUCCCAUGUACUUUUUCCUCACUCAAUUGUCCUUUGUGGAUUUCUGUUACUCCUCAAUCAUUGUGCCGAAGAUGCUGGCUAAUAUCUUAACCAAGGACAAAAGCAUCUCCUUCCUGGGAUGCAUGGUACAGUUCUAUUUAUUUUGUACUUUUGCAGUCACUGAGGUCUUCCUGCUUGCAGUGAUGGCCUAUGACCGCUUUGUGGCCAUCUGUAACCCCCUGCUAUACAUGAUUGCCAUGCCUCAGAAGCUCUGUGUGGAGAUGGUGUCUGGUUGCUAUCUCUGUGGAACCGUUUGUUCUCUGAUUCACUUGUGUUUGGCUCUUGAGAUCCCAUCCUACAGAUCAAAUGUGAUUAACCACUUUUUCUGCGAUCUACCCCCUCUCUUAAGUCUUGCUUGCUCUAAUGUCAGCAUGAAUGAGGUAUUAUUGUUCACAGUGGUCACUUUCAAUGAGAUCAUUACUAUUGUGGUCAUCUUCACCUCCUACUUGUUCAUUCUCAUCACCAUCCUGAGGAUGCGCUCUGCAGAGGGAAGACGCAAAGCCUUUUCCACCUGUGCUUCCCACUUCACAGUCAUCAUCAUCUUCCACGGAACAAUCCUUUUCAUUUAUUGUCAGCCUACUUCUGGCAGUAGCCUGGAUAUUGACAAAGUGACCACUGUAUUCUACACGAUAGUGAUUCCCAUGCUGAAUCCUCUGAUCUAUAGCUUGAGGAACAAAGAUGUGAAAGAUGCUCUCAGAAAAGUGGUGGGCUCCAAAAUAUUUUCUUAG